AGGAGGGGCUGCGCGCCCAAGAUGGCGGCGCCCUGUAGGCCAGAGGGACUGUGAGGUAAACAGCCGAGGGGGAGGAGACGGUGGUGACCAUGAAAGACCCCAGGCUGAGAGCACUGGAACCAGAAGUACCAAGUGUCCCCAGAACAGGGUGCAGUCCGUCCUGGCAGGGAAGUUCCAGCACAGAAGCAUGCAUCACACUGCAUCCACAGCCAAGAAGCAGAGGGCGCUUUUAUGGGCGCACCCUCAUGGACACAGGUGUAUUUCCAUGGUGAUCCUGAAUCCCAUCAGGUAGACAUUGAAGAUGAACCAUCUCGGGUACCAGGUGGGACACUGGUAUGGUAGCUGUCCUAAUGAAGAGCGGUUCAAGCCGUUAGAACACGUCCUGGAGCCAGCACAGCACAGUUGAGAGAGAAUGGCCCAGCCAACCAACGUCGGGGAGCUGCUGUCCAUGUUGGACUCUCCCACGCUGGGCGUGCGUGAUGAUGUGACAGCCGUCUUUAAAGAGAACCUCAAUUCUGAACGUGGUCCUAUGCUUGUGAACACCUUGGUGGAUUAUUACCUGGAAACCAGUUCUCAGCCGGUAUUGCACAUCCUGACUACUUUGCAAGAGCCUCAUGAUAAGCACCUCUUGGACAAGAUUAAUGAGUACGUGGGCAAAGCUGCCACCCGUUUGUCCAUCCUCUCGCUGCUGGGACAUGUUGUGAGACUGCAGCCGUCCUGGAAGCAUAAGCUCUCUCAAGCACCUCUUCUGCCUUCCUUACUGAAGUGUCUCAAGAUGGACACGGAUGUCGUCGUCCUCACUACGGGUGUCUUGGUGUUGAUCACCAUGCUACCCAUGAUCCCGCAGUCGGGGAAGCAGCACCUUCUUGAUUUCUUUGACAUCUUUGGCCGUCUGUCGUCAUGGUGUCUGAAGAAACCAGGCCACGUGACAGAGGUCUACCUUGUCCACCUCCAUGCCAGCGUCUACGCCCUCUUCCAUCGCCUUUACGGGAUGUACCCCUGCAACUUCGUCUCCUUCCUGCGCUCUCACUAUGGCAUGAAGGAAAAUGUGGAGACCUUUGAAGAAGUGGUCAAGCCAAUGAUGGAGCAUGUGCGAAUUCAUCCGGAAUUAGUGACUGGAUCCAAGGACCAUGAACUGGACCCUCGAAGGUGGAAGACGUUAGAAACUCAUGAUGUUGUAAUAGAGUGUGCCAAAAUCUCUCUGGACCCUACAGAAGCCUCAUAUGAAGACGGCUAUUCUGUGUCUCACCAGCUCUCCACCUGCUUCCCCCACCGCUCAACUGAUGUCACCGCCAGCCCUUAUGUUGACACACAGAAUAGCUAUGGGAGUGUCACUUCCACCCCUUACUCCACCUCUCGGCUCAUGUUGUUCAGCUCGCCCGGGCAGCUACCUCCGAAUCUGAGUUCCCCGUCCACACGGCUGUUACCUGAGCCGCUGCAAGCUACUCUCUGGAGCCCAUCCAUGGUCUGUGGUAUGGCCACUCCUCCAACGUCUCCUGGAAAUGCCCCACCUGACUUGUCACACCCAUACAGUAAAGUCUUUGGUACCGCUGGUGGAAAAGGAACUCCUUUGGGAACCCCAGCAACCUCUCCUCCCCCGGCCCCACUCUGCCAUCCAGAUGACUGUGUGCACAGUCCAGCUCCCCAGGCCACAGCCACAUCCCUCAGGAAGGAAGAAAGAACAGAGCACACAAGGCCAUGCCUGCACAGACAGCCCCAUCUUCCGAACGACAGAGGGUUAGAGGAGCCAUCUGGAAGCAGAGGUUCCGUUCCUCUCCGUAAUCUCCCAGAUUUCCUAGGUGACCUGGCCUCUGAGGAAGACAGUAUCGAGAGAGAUAAAGAGGAAGCUGCAAUAUCCAAAGAGCUUUCUGAGAUCACCACUGCAGAGGCGGAUCCUGUAGUUCCUCGAGGGGGCUUUGACUCUCCCUUCUACCGAGACAGUCUCCUAUGUUCUCAGCGGAAGACUCACUCGGCAGCCUGUGGGACUCAGGGCUCCAGUAUGAACCCUGAGUCUCUGCACUCCUCCCUGGACAAGCGUGGGCCUGACACACCAAAGCAAGCCUUUACUCCCAUAGACCCGCCCUCCAUCAGUGCUGAUGCCAGUCCCGCUGGGGACAGGUACCGCCAGGCUUCUCUGGAGACCAGUAUCCUCACUCCCAGCCCUUGCAAAAUUCCACCUCAGAGAGGAGUGAGCUUCGGAAGUGGGCAGCCUCCCCCAUAUGAUCAUCUCUUCGAGGUGGCCUUGCCAAAGACUGCCUGUCACUUUGUCAGCAAGAAGACCCAGGAGCUGUUGAAGAAAGCAGAAGGAAACGCUGAGGAGGGCUAUGUGCCCUCUACCUCCCCGGUGGCAGUGCUGGACAGACUGAUAGAGCAGGGAGCGGAUGCACACAGCAAGGAGCUGAGCAAGUUGUCCUUGCCCAGCAAGUCUGUUGACUGGACCCAUUUUGGAGGCUCUCCCCCCUCAGAUGAGAUCCGCACCCUCCGAGACCAGCUGCUUUUACUGCACAACCAGUUACUCUACGAACGUUUCAAGAGACAGCAGCAUGCUCUCCGGAACAGGCGGCUCCUGCGCAAGGUGAUCCGAGCGGCGGCUCUGGAGGAACACAAUGCCGCGAUGAAAGAUCAGUUGAAGUUACAAGAGAAAGACAUCCAAAGCUGGAAGAUGAGUCUGCAGAAGGAACAGGUCCGGUGCAGCCAGCUUCAGGAGCAGCACGACACCAUGGUGACCCAGCUGCACAGCCAGAUCAGACAGCUGCAGCACGACCGAGAAGAAUUCUACAACCAGAGCCAGGAGUUGCAGACAAAGCUGGAGGACUGCAGGAACAUGAUCGCAGAACUGCGAGUGGAGCUGAAGAAGGCCAACCACAAAGUGUGCCACACCGAGCUGCUACUCAGCCAGGUGUCUCAGAAGCUUUCAAACAGUGAGUCAGUCCAGCAGCAGAUGGAGUUCUUGAACAGGCAGCUCUUGGUGCUUGGGGAGGUCAACGAACUGUAUCUGGAGCAGCUGCAGAACAAGCAUUCAGAUACCACCAAGGAAGUUGAGAUGAUGAAAGCCGCAUGUCGGAAAGAACUAGAGAAAACCAGAAGCCACCUGCUCCAGCAGGGCCAGAGGCUGGACACCUCACAGAAACGGGUUUUGGAACUGGAAUCUCUUCUGGCCAAGAAAGACCACCUUCUCCUAGAACAGAAAAAAUACUUGGAGGAUGUCAAGAGCCAGGCGAGCGGACAGUUGAUGGCUGCAGAGAGCAGGUAUGAGGCUCAGAGAAAGAUCACCCAGGUGUUUGAGCUGGAGAUCCUAGACUUGUACGGCAGGUUGGAGAAGGAUGGCCUCCUCCGGAAACUUGAAGGGAAAGCAGAAGCAGCAGAAGCGGCGGAAGAAAGGCUCGACUGCUGUAAUGAUGGCUGCUCAGAUUCCUUGGUAGGGCACAAUGAAGAGGCAUCUGGACACAACGGUGAGACCAAGACCCCCAGGCCCGGCCACACCCGGGGUGGUUGUGGAGGUCGAGGUGCUGGAGGCAGCAGCAGCAGCAGCAGCGCACUUUCCACCCCAGAGAAGCCCCCGAGCCAGAGGUUCGGCAGCCGGUGGGAAACCACCAUGGGUGAGCUGGCCACCAGCAUCCCAACUGUGGGCUCACUUCCCAGUUCCAAAAGCUUUCUGGGCAUGAAGGCCCGGGAACUGUUCCGUAACAAAAGUGAGAGCCAGUGUGACGAGGACGGCAUGACCAUCAGUAGCCUUUCUGAGACCCUAAAGACAGAGCUGGGUAAAGACUCGGGUGUGGAGAACAAGACUCCCUUGACUCUAGACGGUCCACAUCUGUCUCCCCCAAAUCCAGACAGUGUUGGACAGCUCCGCAUCAUGGACUACAAUGAGACUCAUCAUGAACACAGCUAAGGAGUGUCUGGCAGUGUUAACUCGAGUCUUGGUUGGAUAGAACAGGAGGUGUGAACGUGUGUUCUAGGCGCUUCCGUUCCCAGGGUCUGAUCAUCUGUCUGUUCAUGCGGUGGAAAUGGGACAGAGGUCCUGUGACAGCCGACCGAAUGUUUAACAGCGGUUUUUGGAUCUGGCAUUGAGAUGCCGCCUACCCUUCCCUUCGACCCUCCCCAGCCUCUUCAUUUACCCAGCAGUGUGUACUAACUGAGGGCUGGUGUGCUCCUCACCAGCUUUAUUUUCUUCCUUCCCCCCCAAAAUGGUUGUGUCCUUUGAACCUGUGCAAUACGAGGCCAAAUUCCAUCUUUGAGUCCAACACACCACUUUGCUUUCCUGAGGCCCAGAUGGCUCUUGUGUAGACCAGGCAGUUGAGGGCACUGCAGGUAAGUCUGGUUUUGUCCCUUUUAGGAGGAUGUGGCCUGCAGAACUGAUGUCUUUACAGGAGACUUCACUGCUUUUUGGUUCUGAAAUUCAGCAUCUAAUGCCGCAGAUCUAGAACAAUGGUUCAUUCACCCUCACUUUUGGUGGCUCUGAUAAGCUUCCUAGAAAGUUCCGUGAGAACAAAUACCUGUUCUGGCAGUCUCGUUGGCACUGUGGAGGCCAUUUGGGAAAAACCUCUUCUCGCUCCUUCCCCCACUACCUCUUUAUUUAUUUGGUGUUUGCUUGAGCGCUGGUGCUGUGCUGCCCAUGGAUGGGGAUGUAGGUGGUGGUCCUGCUCUCUGCAGACAACAGGGAGUAGUCACUUGGAGAGGGGCCCAAGAAGUGCUUUCCAUUGUGGAAGGCACCUCUGAGCUGGUCUCAUCCAGCUGAGUCAUCAGUUCAGCUCUUUGGUCUGCUUGUGUCCCCCUGACCCCCUGUCCACCAUGAGUCUGCUUUGUGCCACUGCAGCAGACAGGCUCUGAAGGGCCAGAGGUGGGCUUACGUGACUGUGUUCUCGGGUGUAGGUUCUAGGCCACCCAAAUGGUAGCAGCUUUUUUACACCAAUUCUGACUUCACAGGACUCUCUGGGAGCUUCACAUGCUCCUGUUAGAAAUGGCAGAGCAUGGCAGUUCAGGAGGGUGUUGGUGAAGGCUGUUGCUUCUGGGCUGGGUAGAGAACCCAAAGUCAGCAAAUGCUCCUGAAAUAAAUGCUAGAAGCCUAAGAAUUGUUGCCUGAUGUUGUAGCCCAGACAAAGAAAAACUUGGUGAGAAAGAGCCAUGAAUGUGGUUUUCUUGUUCUGUUCCUUACGUGAAAAGAGCAGAGGGGUUUAGCCAUGAAGAAAUUAAACUGGAAUGGUACGAGGUACUGUUGCAUAUGGAAGCUUCCAGCAUAGGGUGAAAGUCUUUCUUUUCCUUAAGUGUGGCAGUCAACAUUCAGGAACCCCUAAAGGAAUCAGAGGCUCCAUGGCAGUCCUGUGAGGACCUGUUAGGGCCAGGCUGUCUGUUGUAGCUGACUGACGAGCCAUGGGAGGGCAUGUCUUUGUGGCUCUUAGCCCAGCAGAGGCCAGCUGCUGCCAGGGUGUGGAGUAUUGGUGGCGCUACGCUUUUAACUCAGCUUUGUCCAAAGGAAAGCUUAAAAACCAGAAUGUUCUAGUUCUUGGCUGUAGUUCAAAAAAAAGGACAGUGUGAACAAAUUGUGGAAGGGAAGAAAGGUGUUACAGGUUAACUGUCGAAACUGGUUGUAAGUGUCCCCCCCCCCCGCCCCAAGGCCCAAGAAAUCUGCACCACAGAACAAAAGCUGUUUCCUUCACUGCGGAGGAAAGGAGGCCAACAUGAGAACACUAUUUACUUUGUGUGUUUGUGUGUGUGUGUGUGUGUGUGUGUGUGUGUGUGUGUGUUAUUUUAAAGAAUACUUUUUAAAAUGCACAAGUAGUGAGCUAUAGAGAGAGGAAGAGGCUGAAUGGUAAAGUGGACUUGAGGUGUAGACUGGAGUCUGCUGGGCCUCGGCACCUUGCUCCAAGCCUAGGUGUCCUCUGCUCAGCUCUGCAGUCCGGGCUCCUGUGGCUUCUCAAGAGUUCUAGAGGCUAUUGGUUUCCCCACUGAGGUCAGUGUGUGACCUGGAGUCACUGUGAAAUUGGGUCUUUUCUGUUUCAGAGGACUCCAGGGUCAGUAGUGAGGUCGGCUUCUGUUUUGAGAGGAGCGACAGAGCUGCCGGGAGUCAGUGGGUCGGCUGAUGCUGCUGCAGGCAGGAGACAAGUUUCUAGGAGGUGACAGAGGCUGAGCAAAAAGGUAUUGGAGCAGCAGGUGUCCUGGGCAGAGCCUGUCUUGAAACUGAUGAUGCAGCCUGGUGUGUGUGAAUGUUGAGGUUGAAUGGCCUCCAUCCUGUAGACACUCAGUGCUUGUGCUGUGAUGGCCAAUGAGCCCCUGGGAGACAGGAGGCCAUGUCCCAUGCAGCCUGGAAUCUUAUUAAAAGCACAGCUAUGCAGCCAUCUUGGGGGGGUGGGGGGGCAGGAUAGUGCUCAGGAGAAGAGCUCCUGGCCUUGCUGCACCCCAAGCAUGUUUCUAAUAAACCUCCUGUAACCCUGUAGACUUUGGGAACAAGAGAAAUGUGGCCAUGAACAGGAGAAAACAGGCUCCAGAGGUGUCCCUAGGGCUGAGUGUUUGGAGCACCAUCAUUACUGCAGAUGGCAGACACUGACCCUCUUGCUUUGCUGACAGCUUUCAGGAGAAAAGGUUGCCUGACCUUUGGGAAUAAGCUGUAGAAGAUUCUAAUGUAUGUGAGGAGAGAUCACUCUUCUUAGAAGGUUAACUGUCACAACCCAGGGAAAGUACUGGAAGCCAUGGACAAAAGAAAAGAGCCCUCAGGCCAGUGGCCAGCACUUCCCUGGGCAGCAACAGAUGUGGGUCCUAUGCUUCCGGGGAGAACGAGGAAGCUUAAGCAGUUCAGUGGUAAUGGAUAAAGGAUCUGAGAGCUGGACCCAGAACUAGGCUAGCAGUAAGGAUGGAAAGCUAGGAAUGUAUUGCUGUGUAACAAAAUAAGCAGGUUUAAACCAGCCAGUGGGUAUUUCCAUCAAACACCAAAACCUACCACUUAAAGCCAGAAAGAACCGGAGAGCAAACAGAACACACUGGCUUUCCUCACUGAGCAGUGGGGGCACUGUGGACAGGCUGUGGACAGAUGGAGUGCCCUUCCCAGUGUCCUGCCUCAGUAGGAGCCAGCCACCCCACACACUGUGACCCAGAUGGCAGCCUGCAUCAGUGCCACCUUUCCUCCAAGGUGCACGCUUUAUAUCUGUCUGCAGUGUAUGGUGCAAGAUAUAUCCAGUGCAAGACUGCUUGUGUCUUAUGUACAUCCAGAGGUCUCUCCCCUAGAUGGCUGCAGUCACUGAUUGCCCUGGAUUUAGCUUAUAUCUGUCAGUGAAGCCAGGGUAGGCCAUCUCUAUGACUCUUGUUCCCAUGCGGCUUGCUCCCUGGUCUGUGACCCACCACUGUGCCGAGGGGAGCAGUGUUUCUGUCCUGUAUUGCCCUGAAGUCUGUAAAUGCUUGUAGAGGGGCGGAGCAAACCUGUGCCCCAAACCACUUUGGCCUCACAAUGAAUGAAUGAGGGCCAAGAAGCCGCCUGCCCCUUCCCGUGCCUCAGCAUCAUCCACCCCUGGGAAAAGCAGGCUGCUAGAGCCACUGAAGCUGGUCUUUCACAGGAUCCUGGGAGAUAAGGACCCCAGACUCCCCCCCCCACCCCCACCUCACACAGUGUUUGGACAGGAGGGUGUGGCGCUGCUUGGCAGUACUCUGGUGGGUCAGAGGCAGCCAGAUGUCUUUGCACUAGGAAGAAAUCAGCGAUCGCCUUUCAUGAGACUUCUGUGGACCACACACAUUAUGGAGGAACAGAUUGUGCUCAGAUAUAAUCUAGUUUUAUAAUCAAUCAUGGAAGAGCCACGUAUGGCUAACUUGGAGUUUAAAAGGUCCCAUCAGUGAAAAAAAUCUGAUUUUUAAAACUUUUUAGUUAAGUGGAAGUUACCUCUCAGUAGGUUCAAGCCUUUCCCCCUUGGUCUUCGAGCAUGUCAAACAAUCUGCGUCAGAUACCAUGGAUCCCAGCUGCAGGGAAGCAUGGUACAAUCUCAGUGAGUGGAAUCAGAGGGUUGCUGUCCUCAGAAAGUCUACGAUGUCAAGGCAGUUGCUUGUGUUUAACUGUGAACAAAUAAAACUUGUUUCGCACU